AUGCCUCGCAACCCGCGUAGGGGAGGUUCUAAAGAGCAACGAUGGGUGGAGAAGCCUAAACCCAAUAACCGGUCUACCCCAUCAUCGGCGACGGGAGGUUUCUCAAAUGCAGACAGUGAAGCUGUUGCUGACCGGCGUAACACUUUGAGUGUUGCAGAAAACAGCAAAGAGCAUCAUGUUGUGUCAGUACCACCAUCCAUACAGUUUGGGAGCAUUGGUAUGUCAAGUCAUGCACCUGUUCACGGACAGAAAGCCCCAUGGAAACCUAGGUCAUAUGGAACAGUAGCUGAGAAAACUCCGGCUGAUCAGGCGAAAGUCCUCGACCAUGGAUCUGGAACGAGGCCCGUCCAGAAAAGUAAAGUUGAUAUGAAUGAAUUGUUUAGUGGUAAACUAUUGGAGAAUUUCACGGUGGACAACUCGACAUACUCGCGAGCCCAAGUUAGAGCAACUUUUUAUCCGAAGUUCGAGAAUGAGAAGUCUGAUCAAGAGGUUAGAACAAGGAUGAUAGAGAUGGUAUCCAAAGGCUUGGCUACAUUGGAGGUUUCACUCAAGCACUCUGGAUCACUUUUCAUGUACGCUGGACAUGAAGGAGGAGCAUAUGCAAAGAACAGCUAUGGAAAUAUUUACUCUGCUGUUGGGGUGUUUGUACUUGGACGGAUGUUCCGUGAAGCAUGGGGUUCACAAGCCCUCAGGAAGCAAGCUGAAUUCAAUGACUUCCUUGAGCGUAAUCGCAUGUGCAUAUCCAUGGAGCUGGUUACAGCAGUACUGGGAGAUCAUGGACAACGUCCUCGUGAAGAUUAUGUUGUUGUGACUGCAAUCACAGAAUUGGGCUGUGGAAAACCAAAAUUCUAUUCCACUCCUGAGAUUAUCGCCUUUUGCAGAAAAUGGCGUCUACCAACCAAUCAUGUGUGGUUAUUCUCAACAAGGAAGUCGGCAGCAUCAUUUUUUGCUGCUUAUGAUGCUCUCUGUGAGGAAGGAAUAGCCUCUUCUGUAUGUAAGGCACUUGAUGAAGUUGCAGAUAUAUCUGUACCCGGAUCGAAAGAUCAUAUAAAGGUGCAGGGUGAAAUCUUGGAAGGUCUGGUGGCUCGGAUUGUGAGCCGCGAUAGCUCAGAACAUUUGGAGCAGGUUUUACGGGACUAUCCUCUGCCGCCACCAAUGGAGGGAGCUGAGUCAGGAUCCAGCUUGCGGGAAAUAUGCGCUGCGAAUAGAACCGAUGAGAAGCAGCAAAUAAAGGCACUUCUCGAUAGCGUUGGUACCUCUUUUUGUCCAAAUCAUGCCGAUUGGUUUGGGACUGGAGCAUCUGAAGGCCAUUCGAGAAAUGCAGAUAAAUCGGUUGUGUCAAAAUUUCUUCAAGCACGCCCUGCAGAUUAUUCCACGACAAAAGUACAGGAAAUGAUUCGUCUGAUGAAGGAAAAGCGCUAUCCUGCUACUUUUAAGUGUUAUCACAACUUUCACAAAAUCAACUCUCUGGCAAGUGAUGAUCUUCAUUUUAAGAUGGUUAUUCAUGUUCAUGCUGAUUCUGCUUUUAGACGGUACCAGAAAGAGAUGAGGCACAACCCAGGACUUUGGCCACUAUAUCGAGGGUUUUUUGUGGACCUGAACUUAUUCAAGGAUACUAAGGAGAGAACAGCGGAGUUCUCCUCGGAAAUCAAUGUGGGUGGUGGCACAAAUGGUGCUUCUGCCCAAGACGGUUUAGCUGAUGAAGAUGCCAAUUUGAUGAUCAAGUUGAAGUUCCUCACAUAUAAGUUAAGGACUUUCUUGAUUCGGAAUGGCUUGCCAGUUCUUUUUAAACAAGGUCCAGCUGCUUAUAAGGCCUACUACCUUAGGCAAAUGCAGAAAUGGAAUACUUCAACUGCCAAACAAAGAGAGCUGACCAAGAUGCUGGAUGAAUGGGCUGUAUUUAUUCGUAGAAAAUAUGGAAACAAGCAGCUCUCUUCCUCUACAUACCUUAGUGAAGUUGAGCCAUUCCUUGAACAGUAUGCUAAGCGCAGCCCACAAAAUCAGACUCUGAUAGGAUCUGCUGGAAGUUUGGUGAGAUCUGAAGAUUUUAUGGCCCUUAUUGAUGGAGGCAGAGACGAAGAGGGUGAUCUUGAGAAAGAUAUGGCCUCAACUCCAACUACCAUAGUGAAGGAAGCUAUCAGGAAGGAUGAAGGACUCAUUGUUUUCUUUCCAGGAAUUCCUGGUUGUGCUAAGUCUGCCCUUUGUAAAGAACUACUGAGUGCUCCUGGAGGACUUGGUGAUGAUCGUCCAGUCCGUACUUUGAUGGGUGAUCUUAUCAAAGGAAGAUAUUGGCCAAGGGUUGCUGAAGAGCGUCGCAAGAAGCCGUAUUCUAUUCUGCUUGCUGACAAGAAUGCUCCAAAUGAAGAUGUUUGGAAACAGAUUGAGAACAUGUGUCGUAGCACAAAAUCGUCUGCAGUACCAGUUGUACCAGAUUCAGAAGGGACUGAAUCGAAUGCAUUUUCUCUUGAUGCCCUUGCUGUAUUCAUUUACAGAGUGCUUCAUCGCGUUAAUCAUCCGGGAAAUCUUGACAAGUCUUCUCCAAAUGCUGGAUAUGUGUUGUUAAUGUUCUACCACCUAUAUGAUGGCAAGAACCGCAAAGAGUUUGAGGCUGAUCUAAUAGAUCGUUUUGGCUCACUUGUGAAGAUGCCUUUAUUGGAAAGCAACAGGCCUCCUCUACCUGAAUCUGUGAAGUCUGUUUUGGAUGAAGGAAUAAAUCUAUACAACCUUCAUUCAACAAGGCAUGGAAGAAUGGAGCCAACUAAAGGCACAUACGCAAAGGAGUGGGCCAAAUGGGAGAAGAAAAUGCGUGAGACUUUACUUGGGAAUGCCGAAUAUCUCAAUUCUAUUCAGGUGCCAUUUGAAUCUGCCGUUGAGAGUGUUCGCAAACAACUUAAAGCAAUUGCUAAGGGAGAGUAUACAGUGCCUAGUACCGAAAAGCGGAAGUUUGGGACCAUUGUCUUUGCCGCUGUCAGUCUGCCGGUUUCAGACAUCCUAGGUUUCUUAUCCGAUGUUAGUAGCUUUGAGGAGCACGGUUUUGGUUUUCUGACUUUAACUGAUCUCACAUUUUUACUUGAUCAGUUAGGUCAGAAGGAUCCUAGAGUUGAAGGGUUUCUCAAGGACAAGAACUUGAAAACCAUCCUCACGAAAGCCCAUUUGACCUUGGCCCAUAAGCGAAGUCAUGGUGUGACUGCUGUAGCUAGUUACGGCCUGUAUGUCAACCAAAAUGUACCCGUUAAGGUGGUUGCACUAUUAUUCUCAGAUAAAUUGGCAGCUUUGGAGGCCGAUCCAGGUGUGGUUGAUGGGGAGAAAAUAACUUCGAAAAACGAGUGGCCACAUGUGACGCUAUGGACUGCCCAAGGAGUUGCACCUAAAGAAGCUAAUACGUUGCCUCAGUUGUUUGCUGAAGGGAAAGCUGUUCGAGUCGAGCUUGAACCACCUGUCACUAUAACUGGAGUUUUGGAAUUCUUCUGA